GCAGUGAGCGCGCAGUGAGCGCGCCGCAGUGCGCGGCUGCACCGAGCGGGCCGCGCCGCAGGGAUGCUCGCCCCGCUCCUGGGCUCCGCGGGCUCCGGCUGGCUGCUGCUGGAGUUUGCCGUUUCGCUCGUGGAGAAGAUGCAGGCUCAGGAAAUCCUACGGAGCCUGCGGCUCCCCGAGUUUGACGACCUCAGCCAGUUUUUCCGCAACCUGCCGGCCUCGGCGCUGGUGGGCAUUGGUGCCUUCGCGGCCGUCGUCGCCUACUGGUUUGCCAGCCGGCCCAGGGCCGUGAAACCGCCCUGCGACCUGCGGAUGCAGUCGGAGGAAGUUGAGGGCCUGGCCGGGGCGCGCCGGUCGGUGAUCGGGGACAGCCCGCAGCUGCUGACGCACUACUACGACGACGCCAGGACCAUGUACGAGGUCUUCAGGAGGGGAUUCAGCAUCUCCGAAAACGGCCCCUGCCUGGGGUUCAGGAAGCCCAAGCAGCCCUACCAGUGGCUGUCCUACAAGGAGGUGGCUGAAAGAGCAGAAGCUCUGGGUUCAGGGCUUCUUCGGCAGGGCUGCAAGCCAUCCACAAAGCAGUUCAUUGGCGUCUUUGCUCAAAACCGUCCAGAGUGGAUCAUUUCCGAGCUGGCUUGCUACACCUACUCCAUGGUGGUGGUUCCCCUCUACGACACUUUAGGUCCUGGAGCCAUUCGUUACAUCGUCAACACAGCUGACAUUUCCACAGUCAUUUGUGACAAACCUGAAAAAGCCAGAAUACUCCUCGACCACGUGGAGAGGAGAGAAACGCCAGGUCUGAGCUCCAUCAUCCUGAUGGACCCAUUUGAGAAGGAGCUGACAGAGAGAGGGAGACGCUGUGGAGUUCGCAUCCAGACCAUGCAGGAGGUGGAGGACUGUGGCCGUGAGAGUCGACACGUGCCUGUGCCUCCUCGACCAGAAGAUCUAUCAAUUGUCUGUUUUACUAGUGGCACUACAGGAAACCCCAAAGGUGCUAUGCUGACUCACGGGAACGUGGUUGCUGAUUUUUCAGGCUUUUUGAAAGUGACGGAGAAAGUGAUCUUUCCGAGACAGGACGAUGUGCUCAUCUCCUUCCUGCCUCUGGCUCACAUGUUUGAAAGAGUUAUACAGGUAAGAAACCUGCCCGAACUGACGAGGCCUCGUGGGGCUCCUUGUGUUUUCUUCCAGAGUCAGUGGUCUCCUACUUGUGAGGAUGUACACAUUUCCUAUUUGCCUUUAGCACACAUGUUUGAGAGAAUGGUACAGUCUGUAGUAUACUGCCAUGGAGGGCGAAUUGGGUUCUUUCAAGGAGAUAUUCGCCUCUUAUCUGACGAUAUGAAAGCAUUGCGUCCAACCAUCUUCCCUGUCGUGCCGCGGCUGUUAAACAGAAUGUAUGAUAAGAUCUUCAGCCAGGCAGAUACGUCCCUCAAGCGCUGGAUUCUGGAAUUUGCUGCAAAACGGAAAAAGGCUGAAGUUCGAAACGGGAUCAUUAGAAAUGACAGUUUGUGGGAUAAACUUUUCUUUAAUAAAAUACAGGCAAGUCUCGGUGGAUGCGUUCGCAUGAUAGUAACGGGUGCUGCCCCUGUGUCUCCGACUGUCCUGGGCUUCCUCCGGGCAGCCCUCGGAUGUCAGGUUUACGAAGGUUAUGGCCAAACAGAAUGCACAGCUGGAUGCACCUUUACGACCCCAGGUGACUGGACGUCAGGUCAUGUAGGAGCCCCUUUGCCCUGUAACUUAAUCAGAUUGAAGGAUGUGGAAGAGCUGAAUUAUUUUGCUUCCAAAGGAGAAGGAGAGAUAUGUGUGAAAGGACCAAAUGUUUUCAAAGGUUAUCUGAAAGAUGAAGAGAAGACAACCGAAGCGCUGGACCAGGAGGGCUGGCUUCACACUGGAGACAUCGGGAAAUGGUUACCUAAUGGGACUCUUAAAAUUAUUGAUCGGAAAAAGCAUAUUUUUAAACUUGCUCAGGGAGAAUAUAUUGCACCGGAGAAGAUAGAGAAUAUCUAUAUCCGCAGUGACCCUGUUGCCCAGAUCUAUGUCCAUGGAGACAGCCUGCAGGCCUUUCUGGUAGGAAUUGUGGUGCCCGAUUCCGAAGUUAUGCCAGGCUGGGCAAAGAAAAGAGGGUUUGAUGGAACAUAUACAGAACUCUGUAAAAAUAAGGAACUGCAGCAAGCCAUAAUGGAAGACAUGGUACGGUUAGGUAAGGAGAGUGGACUUCAUUCCUUUGAGCAGGUCAAAGCCAUUUACAUUCACUCUGAUAUGUUCUCAGUACAAAACGGUUUGUUGACACCAACAUUAAAGGCUAAGAGACCAGAAUUAAGAGAUUACUUCAAAAAACAAAUAGAAGAGCUAUAUUCAAGCAUCUCCAUCUGAAACCACGGGAAGAAUGUUCUGAAUAAUGGACUUCAUAGCAAUAUUAGAGUAACACUCAAAAAUACAGAGCCAGAAUGACACAGCUGAAAUGGAUAAGCAUCUGAAUCUUACAUUUGAGCCUUUCAUUGUUCUAGGAUUUCACCACUAACCAUAAUUUUCCUUCUUUUUUCCAUCAGGUCUGAUACAAUUCAUUUUUUACUCUGUGUACACAAUAGGGUACUACUAAGGAUUAUGCUAAAUUGCCACAAAACUUACAGAAAUUUCAAUCUAUGACCAAGUAAAUUAUGGAAACUUAUUAAUAACUACAAACAUUUCUAAUUAAAAUAGGGAAAAUUUCAGGUAUGUCUGUUGAUAUUUGAUUGUAUAUAACCUAAUACAUUAGAAACUAAAAUUGUGGAUAAUUCAAUAAUGCGGUCUACCUCAAACAAUCAGUGAUUGAUGGUGAAAGUCUAUUUUCCCUGACCUGGAACUUCAAGCUGGAUAUUGGUUUAUAUAUAAAAGUGAUAGUUUUUAUAUUUUCCAGGACAUAAAUUACAUUGAUUUGAUUUAAUCAUUAAUGACCUAACAAACAACCAAAAUAGAAACAGGAAUGAAUCUCCUGCUAUUUGUACUUAAUAGACCUAUUAUUAUAUUACAUCUAAGGGAUUAACAUUACCUUGAAAUUACAAGAACAGGUUAGGAAGCGAUAGGAUAGAAUUUCCUCUAUUUCCUUUUCAUCUGAACUCAGUUUAUACAUGGCAUGCUGGUUUUACAUUAGGGUCUCCUUCAGCACAGUACACUCACGGACAUCUGAACUGCUCAAACUGAGAAGGUUGCAAAAGCACCGCUGGCUCUGUGGCGGCUUUCUGUGGGAGUUCACGUUAACCCACAUGCUCCCAGUCCCUAAUUUAUUACUUUACAUGCUGCUAAUACUGCGUAGUCCAGUUGGACUAACUCCCUUUCAGAAAACAGUGCUAAGGAAAUGGAGCACAAGGUCUAAGCUGCGAUUCUGAAUGGGGCUUAGCAAAACAAAUUGGUUUGGGAGAAAGGCCAGCCUGAGAUGCAGCAGUGGAGGGCAUCCUUCGGCUGGCUGUGGAAGAGGAAGAAAUACUGCUCCAAAAGGCCCACAGGGAUGGGCGAAAGGCUGUGUUAGCCAGCGCCGUUGGAAGGUGUCAUGGUACGGUAAAAUAUUGGACGUGGUUGCAGAAAGGCCUGCUAAGAAAACAUUUCUACGUUCAGAUGUCUGGAAGCCUCAGUUCCCACUGUCAUCACUUCCAGUGGCCUCUCUGGAAUGAACAGCAAGUUGUCUGGAUGAAACCUUAGAUUUCACGAUCAGCUGCAGCCAUUAGAAAGGGGAUAAGUCCCAUGUGGAACAGGAACAGACUCUAGAGCUCUCUCCUGAUAUAAAGCAUGGUACAAAACAAUAAGAAAACUGUAACGUCAAGUCACUUGAAUACUUGGACUGUUGGUGGCUUCCUUCUGCUAAACAGGGUCCUAAAUAUAUAUGUGUAUUUUAAUAGCUGCUGCUUGUUGCACCAGUGCAUACUAGCAUGGAGCUGUGCCUGCUAGAUCUUCUUUGCUAGGACAGUGAAAGCACACUUAUUUUCUCUCUUAAACUGGAAUCCACUGUAGACUUUUGAAGCUAAAAGUUUACAUUUUUAAUCUAAAUGAUCUCUUAUUUUCCCUCUGAAAUUCUAUUGCAUGCUUCAAAAUGAAAUAAAUUGAAUUAAUGAGUUAGUGUUACACGAAGACUGAUUUAUUGCAGUGAUUUCAGAACAAAAUGAUACAAAGGAAACCGUAUCAGCUAACAUAAUCACUCAUAUAAAGAACACGGUGAUUUAUCAAAUGUGCAAGUAUUUGUCUGAAUCCCUUUUUGCGCCUGAUUCCUCAUUUGAUUCCAGUGCAAUGACUCAUACCAGUCCAAAGCAAGUAAGAAAUGCCGUUACUGUGAUCUGAUGGUGUUGUACAUUCAUUUUUCAUCAAUGUACGCAGCAACAGUAUCCCUGGGGAAUUUGUGUCUGCCGCGUCUACAGAGGAUAGGAAUUACUGUAUAAAAUCUGGCUCUUUAGGUCAAGUCAUAAAGGAUUUUCAUGUCUGCGGAGUCAAGUUCAUCUCCUUUUUGUAUCGGCCAAAACAGUCAUUACAUACACAUGCUUCAAAGAUAUGAAGAAUUAGUACGAUUUCCUGUUUUAAUGCGACAUACUUUUAAAACAAAAAAAACCCCUAGUCAUCUAAAGAAGAACAGAAAAGCUAUUUUCCACUGACCUUUUUCUACCACAUGAAUUUAAUUUACUUUUCUUCUAAGAUGAUUUCAGUUUACUAGACUUUUCUAGAUAACUAAACUCUGACUUUAUAUAAGUAUAGAAGACCCCAAUAUGAGUUUGUUUAUGGCUUAGAUGGCUGGUAUUUUUAAGUAUAUAGUGCUGAACAAUGUAUCGGUAUUCUUCUUUCAGUAUUUGAUGCAAAAUGUCAGAUGCACUAGAGCCAAAGAUAUGAACGCCAAACAAAUAAGAAAAAACAGACUUGGCCACACUAGGAUGAUGCAAAAUUUGGGAGGAAUUGUGUUGUCACACCAAAAGCGUGACUACUUUCAGAACUUGUGAAAAGCUGUACAAAUAAACUAAAAGCUCUCUUUAA